CUCCUCCUCUGUGUCCAGCAGAGCCAAUCAGAAAAGAGUGUGUUUCUCUUUGGAGUUGGAAAUUGGAGGAAGGGGUGAGAAGAGCCACGUUGAGAGACUAUCCAUCAUGAAUCGGGCCUGGGCUGUGUUCAAGGCUCACCCGUACAUCAGUAACGUCCUGGGAUACACAACUCUGUUUGCCUCAGCUGACCUCAUACAGCAGAGCGUGCUGGGUGGGAAACUUUCUGCGGGGUCUUCAUCACGAGACUCAGUUGGCAUUAACUGGCAUCAGACGGCUCGUGUGGCGACUGUCGGUUUUUGUUUCCAUGCCAACUUUAACUAUCACUGGCUAAGAGGGUUGGAGAGGAUGCUGCCAGGAAGUGGAGUGAGGGCAGUGACAGGCAAAGUUUUGGUUGACCAGCUUGUUGCAGCUCCUCUCACUAUCAGCGCCUUUUAUAUUGGUUUAAGUUUACUAGAAAACAAAGAUGACCUAUUUGAAGACUGGCGACAUAAAUUCUGGACAUCUUACAAGACAGGGGUGGUGUACUGGUCAACAAUGCAGGCUGUGAACUUUACAUUUGUCCCCCCUGUGGCACGGACAGCUUUUCUGGGAUGUAUCGCACUGACUUUCACGAUCUUCCUGUGUCACCUCAGACAGCAGCGCAGCAACAAACCUGAAUGAACCUGCGACCUUCAUAUGCAAGGUUUUGUAAAAUAAUAUUAACUGAAGCUCAUUUGUGAGCAGAUCAGAUGUUCUGGGAAAAUGUUCAACAUUAUCUUUUCAUGACUGUGAAUUAAAAUGAUGCCACAGUGUUAUACUAUGAUCACAGGAACUUUCACGUUGCCUUUUUGUUUGAAAUGGGAGUUUGGGGGUAUCUGACUCCUGUCCCAAGAAAGGGAUCCAGUCAGAGGUCUGUGUGUCAUAUACUCUUCUGUUCAUCAGCACUCAUGUUGUUGAGCUUGUUUCCAUACAU